AUGGUUCUCACAACCACCGUCCUCUCGAACGCCACGACUAAAUCUUCGCUUGUUGCCCCCCCUCCUGUUGGGAUGUGUGUAGGUUCCCCCUCAAUCGCCCCAUCCUUCAUCCCUGCAGCCGACGCCCAGGCCGUGGGAUCCCCUCCGCAAGUAGCAGCUCACCCUGGUCGCCUCAUCCUUAAACCCCCUUUUCCACCCUGCUAUCAUGCUGCCCCUCCCCUGCCCCUCCCCUGUCCCUCUCCUGCCCCUCCCCUGCCCCUCCCCUGCCCCUCCCCUGUUCUAUCUUGGGCCCUCAGGUGGCUCCAAAUCCCUGCUGCACUACCCUCCGCUCCCUUUGUGUCCUCGCCUGCUGUGCUCCCUGCCCCUCCUCUCAUUCUGUGCUCCCUGCCCCUCCUCUCAUUCUGUGCUCCCUGCCCCUCCUCUCAUUCUGUGCUCCCUGCCCCUCCUCUCAUUCUGUGCUCCCUGCCCCUCCUCUCAUUCUGUGCUCCCUGCCCCUCCUCUCAUUCUGUGCUCCCUGCCCCUCCUCUCAUUCUGUGCUCCCUGCCCCUCCUCUCAUUCUGUGCUCCCUGUCCCUCCUCUCAUUUUGUGCUCCCUGCCCCUCCUCUCAUUCUGUACUCCCUGCCCCUCCUCUCACUCUGUGCUCCCUGCCCCUCCUCGCAUUCUGUGCUCCCUGCCCCUCCUCUCAUUCUGUGCUCCCUGCCCCACCUCUGA